AUGAACAUGCUCUUCACGUACGCAAAAAUGCUUUCGAAGACGGUAAGAAGAGUGACGGGAAAGGUGCUCCGUAAGGCAGCAUCCCGUUUCUCUGCAGCUACUCGAUAUCUACUCGGCUUCCCUCCGGUCGAGCUACCGAAUGGAACUCAGCAGCUUCUGAGCCCCGAGAGAGCUAACAGCACAAUGCCGAAGAAGUUCGCGAAAGACCGGGUCUCUGCAUCUGGAGAGUUCAAGUGGGAGGCUGGCGGUCAGGAUUUACUGGACGAGACGGACAAGCGAAGCUUGAACGAUUCUGGCUCAAGCACGGAAGACGAGCUGAUCGAAUUGAGUGACGGGGAAGAGCGAUCGGCUUUGAUCUCCUCGCUCAGUACGAGCCGAUAUUCACGUCUCCUCUCGACUUCAGCUAAAUGA